GUACAUCCCUAAUUUCUUCUCACUUCUGCUCUUCACCAUCUGCUCAUGUAUCAGAGCGAGAGAACCGCGGGGAAUUAACAGGCCAACUCCCUCGAUCUUCUUCUGCUUCAGUCAUGCUCAUGUCGUUUCUACUCUGAGGUGAUGAUCAGAAGUUUAAGGACAGUAGGUGAAGAUGCUGGAGUCUUCUGCCGGCUGUACGUCUUGCUCGGUGCAGGACUGUGGGUGCAGGCGAGGGCCGGGUGUCCCGCAGGUUGUAAAUGUCCGCUGGAGAGCAGGACGGUGCUGUGCGUCGCCGCGGGUCUGCUGGAGGUUCCUCGGGAGCUUCCUCUGGAGACGGUCUCCCUCCACCUGGAGCACAACCUCAUCCACACCAUCCCAGAAGAUGCGUUUCAGGACCUUCUGCACCUGCAGGACCUUUACCUGUCUCACAACAAGAUCGACUCGCUCGCGACCCGAGCGCUGCGUCACCUGAGUACUGAACUCAGGCUGCUCGACCUCUCCAACAACCAGCUGAGGCACGCCCGGUGGGAGGAGUUCGGCGUCACUCGGGCGAAGGUGCGGCUCUACCACAACCCCUGGCACUGCGACUGUAACCUGCAGCAGCUGAUGGAGGGUCUGUACCUGGAGCCAGAGACGGUUAAUCAGAUCGUGUGUAAGAGUUCGGUUCGAGGGAUUAACGAGGGAAGCCGCUGGGACGACUCCGCCGCCGCCGCCAGUCACAUCGGUCAGCCUCUGGUGAAGCUGCUGGACUCGGGCGUGAACUUCUGCAGUCUCCAGCGCAGGACCACCGACGUGGCAAUGCUCAUCACCAUGUUCCUGUGGUUCUUCAUGGUGAUUGUGUACGUGGUUUACUACGUGCGACAGAAUCGACCACAGGACACAAACUACCAUCUAAACCAGCAGGUUGUGAACCGUAACAAAUCUGUCGAGUCCAGGAACGAAGAAUCGGCUAGACAAAUUUACUAGCGUUGAAGUUAAAGAGCCGCUAUAUCAGCGUUCAUUUCGUUUAAGUUGACGCACCUUUUUUUCAAGACGAAAACUAAAUAAAAACAGCACCAUUUUUUUUUUAAACGAUGACGAAAUUAACUGUUUGGCAUGGAGGACGACCAAUCAGAACUCAGAUAUAGUUUUGCGAAAGCUAGGGACUAGUUAGGGAAAAAUCCAAUCCAAUCACUUUGGAUCAACUACUUUAGCAUAGGUCUAAUUAGCAUCUAAUUAUCAUUACAUUCUUCUAUUCUUUAGUAGGGUUUUAAUGCCUCUUUUAAAGAUGACUCCUUAUUUUUAAAGCUAUUUUCACACUCGAGACGAAAACAAGACGAUUACUAAAUAAAAACAGCAUAAAAUAAUAAUUUUAAAAAAUGACGAAAUUAUUUGACGUUUUCCUCAACGAAAAAAAAAAAACAUCCAAUCAGAAGAUCCAAUCCAAACUACUUUAAUGUAGGUCUAAUUAUCAUCUAAUUAUCCUGCAUAUAUUCUUAUGAUAAUUAGUCGAAUAAAAAUAGACUAAAAUUAAAAACAUUUCAGAUGACUUAAUUAAUAUGACUAAAAGACUGUGACUAAAAAUAAAUCAAAAUUAACACCUUUAGCACAAAUUUGAAAAGGGAGGGGUAGUUUAAGAGUGGCACUGGGUGAUGUAUGGGUUUAGGGGCGGAGCAGGAGGGAGAAGAAAGCUGAUUGGCUGAACUGCUGCAGCAGCAGUGUUCC